GUAAAUUACCGGCGCGGCGGUCGAACGUACGAGCUGUAGAACGCAGGGUCGCGGUGCAUUUUGUAGAUCACUCAAUAGUUGACGAAUCAUGGAUCUGAUUGAUAAAAAAUCUAUUGAGGAGUGGGAAGAUGCCGAUCGUCCCAACUACUUCAGCAAUGAAAACUUGAAGUACCCAUAUUCAGAACUGCCGUUCUACGAUCAAUACCACUUGGUGAAGAUACCUACUAAAGACGAGUUCGUGGAGCAUGUGGACUACUGGGGAGAGGGUAGGAUCCCUACUAAUGAUGGAGACAGCGGUUUCCGCGACUGUUACAACGUCAACCGCCAGUACCAGUGCGUCAGUAACGGCCCCGACAGAGACUGUAAGAUUCCCAACAGAAUACCAGUGUACGAUGAGAACGCGUGCGACACCUCCAGCUACAUCAAAAACCACACAGUCAAGUUAGUCACUCUGAUGUCGGCGCCCAUCAUCGAAGCCUGCGCUCGAGAUAUAGCUCGCAUCGUGAACCCUGUAGUCGGCAGCGUUGUAGUCUUCGGAUUUGAAAUUGAUUCCCCAGACAUUCGAAGGCUAGUUAAAGAGUUGAGCGCAAUAUCUAUGUACUACUGUCCGGGAUAUGUAUUGUCAGACUAUUUUGAUGGCUUGAUGACAUUUUCACAUAUGGCAUUCUUGAGUUCUGAAAAUAUAGAGAAAGAGCUGUAUAACGCAAUCACCGCUGGGAAAAUGGACACAGCGGUAGCAAUUGCGAAAUCUUUGCACAGAACUGGUGGCAGUUCCAACAUAGCUAAAGUAGUUAAUAAAGCGCUCAAUGGAGGCUUAGAAAGUAUAAUGACAUUCGCUUACAAACUUUGGGACUCUGGCGAAAAAGACAUUGUAACGAAAAAUUUCCCUACUGCUUUUAAGUGGAUAUUCAAUGAAGAUGAGAUUGAGAUUGUGAGUAAUCAUUACGAAAAUACGAAAUUGAAAUUGGAUCCCACUAAUGACGAGUGGCACAACAGACUAGCAUACGGCACUGACCGCGGCAAUGGCGGAACAACAUUCAGUUGGGUAAUGCUUCCGAUUUGGAAGGAUGAUAAAGUAAUUUUCAAAUUGAAAAACAUUGAGUACAAUAUGCACCUGAGACUCGACAUUCAUGAUAACUCUGCAGGAGAUAGGAAAGGCUGGGGCUCACAAAACUUGGACGACGUCAGGUACAACUGGAAGCUGGUGCCUAUGAAUCAUGGCUAUAAAGUAGUGUUCAUUAUAGUGAAUUGUCAAUAUGAUCAGACUCUGAAACUUGAUAAUAACGUAGAUAAGUACGGAGAUCGACAGCUGUGGGGCCAUAAUGGGAUGUAUUACGAUAUUGAAAAUUUUAUGUGGCUUGUAAAUAAGUCUACAGACUAAGUGAAAAAUAUAUAAAAAAAGGGUUGAAUUACUUCAGGUUAAAUAGAUUUUUUUAUGUUAAAUAUCUUCCGCUUUCAUGAAUUCGUUUUUGAACAUUAUUUAUUUGUAUUUUAGAGAGUAAAUCUAUGUGAAAUAAGGUUAAAACCGACAUGUUAGAGUGACAAGGGAACUACACAAUGUUAACAUUAACAGAUAUAAAUCUUAACUACUAACAAAAGUGGUGUCUUCAAUAACCACGUUACAAUUUAUAUUUUAUCUUUGUUUAUACUGGUUCAUCAUCUGACGACGAUCGAAAUUACACCAUAUAUGAAUGUCGAGAUUAUAAUGUAAUUUACAAAACAAAAUAGUUCAAACCAAAAUUUUAUAUUUUAAAAUAAAUCCAAUGAACUAACCGAAACUCACAAUAACUCGAAGUUUUAAAAUUAAUUGUCGCGCGAUUUACUUUUGUCAAUAUCAAGUUAUAUGAAUAUUAUAUUAUUUACAUUUGUCAACAUAAAUAGAGUUGUGGCGUGGAGCUAUGAGAACCACCUACACUGCAAUGUUGCCAAGUAAUAAUAAUAAUAAUAAAACUCAUUUAUUUCCGAUCUACAAAAA